ACUAGUGCAGAUUGUGUACAGGGCUGUAGCUUAUGAGUGACGAGGAGGACACUGGAGAGGACGACCGGAGGAUCUUGCGAUCGGCUAGACGCCCAAUUGCCCACUUUGCAGAGGGCGACAAAUAUUUGUUCCGCCAGCUUAGGGAGAGGCAGCAGCAGCAGAGGAGGGCUAGAGCAGUAGAGGCUAGCAGGGCACUAGUGAGUGAGGCCGCCGCUUUGGAAGCCAUUGCCACUUUUGUGCAGCAGACUACUCAGGCCGGUAGUUCAGGGUCUGUCAGAUCAACGGUCACGCAGACCCAAAGUCAGUCUGCUGGCGUAAUGGCAAGCCAGCCACUAGUGUUGACGUCCGAUGAGAUCGCCAUACAACAAGCAGCAUUGCAGGAGGCACAACUACAGAAGGCGUUAGGAGAUAUAAAAGCGGAGAAAAAAAGAAUGAUUAGAAGAAGAGCCAGGAUGCAACGAAGACAAGCGGACGUUAGUGGGUUAGAGGAGAUGGACCUGACGCUCGUGACUGAUGAGAAAUUGGAUGACUUCCUUAAGCUGGUGGAGGAAAGGUGGCAUGAUCCUCAGGAGGCCCAAAGGGCUACUGACGCGAUCCUGACACUGCACACGUGGCAGUUCAAGUCAGUAAGGGAAGCCACCGACGCUGUUGAGCGUCUGAUCUGUGUCCCAGGGGUGCGCUAUGACCCCCAGGUACUACUCACCUCCUACCUGAGAUGCUUCUCCUUGCCUCUCAGGAACCUGUUGGCAGGUGAGGCCAACAUCAAUAUGCACAACUUUCCUUCGUUUAGCAAGAAGGCCCUAGACCUUGAGGCGAAGAUAGGGCAUGGACAAGCACCCACUACAGAUAGAAGGAGGAAGACACUGCCUCCUAACUGGAAGGCGAAGGGGCGCAUUAUGUUUGUCGAUAAUGAUGGUUCUACCAUCGAACUAGACGACAACUUCCAGGAAGGAGUAGGUUCAGAGGCAGGCAGCGCAAAAGUUUCAGAGGGUGUAGUCGCUGCCGUAACUCAGAAAGGCGAGCCGGUGAAAAUGCCGCCGGAGAUAGAGGGAGUAGUUGCCAAGUACCCUGAUCUAUUUGAAGAGCCGACAGGGGUUGUAGAGAGGGAGGUCGUCCACGCGAUAGAGAUUAUCCCAGGGUCUAGCAUCCCGAAGGGUAGGAUCUAUCGGAUGUCUCCAGGUGAGCUUGAUGAACUUCGCCGACAACUCAAGGAACUCGUAGAUAAGGGUUGGAUCCGGCCGAGUGUCUCUCCUUAUGGAUCUCGAGUACUAUUCGUACCUAAGAAGAAGGAGGGUACACUUAGGAUGUGCAUUGGUUAUAGGGGCCUCAAUGCCAUCACUGUGAAGAACAUAGAGCCCCUACCGCGCAUCGACGAUUUGUUAGAUAGAGUGCACGGGUGUCGGUACUUCAGUAARAUAGAUCUGAAGUCCGGGUACCAUCAGAUUGCAAUUCGGCCCGAGGAUCAACACAAAACCGCCUUUCAGACCAGGUACGGUCUGUACGAGUCUGUGGUGAUGCCUUUCAGCCUUUGCAAUGCUCCUGGCACCUUUCAGCACGCUAUGAAUCGGAUUUUCCAUGAUUACUUGGAUAAGUUUGUUAUCGUGUACCUCGAUGACAUACGUAUUUUUAGUAAGACUGUCGAGGAGCAUGUUGCACACUUGGACAAAGUCCUUAGUCUCCUGCGACAGCACAAGUUCAAGAUCAACGGUGAGAAGUGCGAGUUUGGCCGCACCUGUGUCUUGUACUUGGGUCAUGAGAUUUUCGCGGAAGGGUUGAAGCUCGAUGACGCGAAGGUGGCCAGCAUUCGUGACUGGCCGCGUCCUCAGUCUGUGACUGAGAUGAGAUCAUUAUUAGGGAUGACCGGCUACUAUCGCAACUUUGUGGAGAACUAUAGCAUAGUUGCCGCCCCUUUGACUGAUCUGACCCGCCUUGACACCCCAUGGGAGUGGACUGAGAGAUGCGAGGAUGCUUUCAGACAUCUGAAGCAUGCGUUGACGCAUUACGAAGUUUUGAAACUUACUGAUCCUGACAAGCCAUUUAUAGUGACUACGGAUGCUAGCCAAUAUGGCAUAGGCGCCGUACUUGCACAACAGGAGGGGAAAAAGUUGAGGCCAGUAGAGUACAUGUCCAAAAAGAUGCCCUCUCAGAAGUUGGCUAAAUGCGGUUUACAAGGCUCUGACCCAUUGGAGACACUACCUCCUUGGGAGCGUUGGAUCGAAGUCAUAGAGCAGUAUGACUUCGAGCCCCAGUACAUCAAGUGCAAGUACAACAAGGUUGCUGAUGCCUUGUCGCGUAGACCAGAUUUCUCUGGUGCGCUGAUCACUGGGCUUGCGGACAAUGUUACUCAGUCCAUGGUGGAAGCCUAUCGUGAGGAUCCGUUCAUGUCCGAGAUCAUCCGCAGACUCGAAGCGAAGGACAAAGUGACUUCUUCUGAGUUUGAGUUGGUCAACGGCUUGCUGUUCCUCGAGAAGGCUAGUGUAACGGGCGUGAGGCUGAGGGUGAGCCGAGCGAGAUGAGAGAGAGGGAGAGAGAGGGAGAGAGUGAGAGCACACACACACACUCACUCACUCGACACGACGGACUCGGACUGAGGGUCGGACGCAGACACAG